AUGGCCGAUCAUGGGAGGGUUGAUCCAGCGGUCACCAGGAGGGUUGCUCCGUGGCUCAACGCUCCUGCAUUGGAUAUAUUUUUCAUCACAUUUUUUCUUUAUCAGACGAUGCCGCAAACAUACAAAAGAAAAUCAACCCGUGGAAGUGAUCCGGCAUUAGUCAAAAGGGCGGCAGAAGCGGUAAAAGAGGGAUGCAGUAUUAGAUCGGCAGCGAGAACAUAUGAUGUGGACCGGAUGACGCUUAAGCGAUACAUGGAUAAACAAAAACAUGACCCGCUUGGUACAAGCGGAUACAAGAAUUGCAAGCUAUUCAGUCCUGAAAUGGAAGCUGAACUAGCUAGUCACAUCAAAACACUUGCAGCAAACUACCAUGGCCUAUCCAAAGAUAAAUGCCGAUGUUUGGCGUAUGAGUUUGCAGAAAGAAACGGUGUUGAUGUGCCAGAAAAUUGGAAAAUCAACAAAAAAGCUGGUCAAGGGUUUUGGCUUGGAUUGAAAGCACGCAAUAACCUUGCUAUUCGAAGUCCAGAAGCUACUUCAUUAGCCAGAGCAACGGCGUUUAAUCGCCAUACAGUGGGACAGUUCUACAAAAACCUUGCCAAAGUAAUGGACCAACACAAAUUCGAGGCACAAGACGUAUAUAACAUCGACGAAACAGGGUGCCAUACGGUGCAAAAGCCUGAGAGCAUUGUUACGGAAAAAGGGGUUGGGCAGAUUGGUUCUGUCACAUCAGGUGAAAGAGGUGAGCUGGUAACCGUAGUCAAUGCGAUCAACGCUGCUGGUGGAUUUAUUCCGCCCUACAUGAUAUUUCCCCGUGUCAAUUAUCGUAAUUAUUUCAUACGAGGUGCGCCACUGGGAUCUGACGGUGCGGCCGCCAGAUCAGGUUGGAUUAACGAGGAAACGUUUGUCAACUAUCUCGAUCACUUCAUUAAGCAUACACGCUGUAUACCCGACAGAAAGGUAUUGCUCAUCUUAGACAAUCACGAGGCCCACGUUUCACUGACAGCUGUUGACAAGGCAAAGGCAAACGGAGUUGUGGUGUUGACCAUCCCUCCACACACGUCCCACAAACUCCAGCCUUUAGACAAGACUGUUUAUGGACCAUACAAAAGAGCCUACGCGCGCGCGAUGGAUAAUUGGAUGAGGUCCAAUCCGGGUAAGACUGUGUCUAUAUACGAUAUAGCUCAUUUGGUGAACGAAGCUCACAUCUGCGCAUUUGUACCGCGUAAUAUCCUAGCUGGCUUCCACAGCACUGGUAUUAUGCCUUUCAACAGCGACGUAUUCUCAGAUGAAGACUAUGCGCCAUCUUCAGUUACAGAUCGUGAAAAUCACGUUUGCUCGGCAGUAGACAAUGUUGAAAGCGUGUCAGGUUUACAGAGAAAUCCCUAUACUCCCACACACCAAAAAGAUAACACAAUUCAAUCAGAAACUGGCGUUGAGAGCAAUACUGGUUUGACUAGAGCAGUGCAGACUACCAACGCGGAGACUCCUUAUGUGUCUCCAAGUGAUAUACUACCUUUACCGAAAGCAGGGCCAAGGAAGGUGAAAACUUCUAAUAGGAAAAAAGGUAGCACGAAAAUUUUGACAGACACGCCAGUUAGAGAUGAAAUAGCAGCGAAAUCAGUGGCUAGGAUAGAAAAAAAUAGAGCAAAGAACUUCGGUCGGGCUAAAAAAAUGCUCUUUGCAAACAAGAAAACAGUUAGAGUGAGGGUAGCACCAUCCGGAUGUAGCACUUCUUCGAGUGAAAGUGAAUCUAACAUUCUAACGAGAAUGUAA